CAAACUGAUAUACUAAUAUUGGAUUAGGUUUUAAUUUUUUAUUUUUAUUUUAAUGUCGUGCCUAACUCAUGACCUAUGCACAACUCUAGCCAUAGUCAUAGAGGUGCUAAAAUCUAACCCGGCCAACUCGAAACCAAUUUGAAAAAUAUAUGCUUUAGAUUUUUGACUUUAUAAACAUAAUAAUUUAGCACAACUCAAAAAUAGUAUUCGUAGUAAAUAAUAACCCGACUUAAAUACUCAAAUUGACAAUUCUAAUCAUAUAUAAAUACGCCCACAAAAAACAAAUCAGGAAAGAUAGGACUACGUCAAAAGAUAAAACUCACCCCUUUGAAGAAGGAAAGUGAGAAAGACAAAAAAGAAAAAAGAUAAAAACAAAGGAAGGAACUACGAAACAAGUCAUAGGGGAGAAUAACCAGUCAAUUUAGUCAAAAACACGCUUUUUUUUUUUCUUCUUCUUCCACUUCAAUUUUCCUCAUUCAUGGCAGUUACUGCUUCUCCCACUCAACCUUCCAAACGUCCUCCAAUGGCUGCCACCGCCGCCUCCAACCGCACCACUCCGCAGCCACCGCCCGCCGGCCACGCCUCCCUCCGCAUGCUCUGCCCUGACUCCUCCGUCGGCGCCUUCAUCGGCAAAUCGGGCUCUUCCAUCAAACACCUGCAACUCCAAACUGCUUCCAAAAUCCGAGUUGAUGACUCGCUUCAACUCGGUUCCGACCACCAAGUCAUCGUCAUUGUCGCUCCUUAUGUCCCAUUCAAGAAGAUGAAGCUGUCGAAUUCUCCGGCGGAGGUUGAAUUUCAGAUCUCGGCGUUUCAAGAGGCGGCGGUUCGAGUUUUCGAGAAGGUUCUAGAAGUUUCUGGGGAGGGUAAUGCGGUGGUGAUUUGUAGGAUUUUGGUGAAGGUGAAUGAAGCGGGUUCUGUGAUUGGAAAAGGCGGGAAAACUGUGGCGAAAUUGAGGAGAGAGAGUGGAGCGAAAAUUAGGGUUUUGGUUGGGAAUAAAUUGCCUCCUGGUGUUUCUAUUCCUGAUGAAGUUGUUGAGAUUGAGGGGGAUGUGAUGGCUGUUAAAAGGGCUCUUGUUGGUAUUUGUGGCCAAUUGCAAGAAUGCUACACAGAAAAGUCGAGCAUCAAGGAGGACAAACCUUUGGAAUCCACUUCAUAUUCAGCUGAUCAUUCUCUUCAUCAGAUGCCAUUAUCUGUGGCAACUACCACUUUCAAUCCUGUUGUGAGGCCAGCAUUGGAGUCUGUUAGGCCUCCAGCCUCAGAAUCAAAAUUCCCCAGAAAAGAAGUCGUAUUUAAAAUUCUUUGUUCCAAUGAUAGAGUUGGUGGGGUGAUUGGAAGAGGAGGAUCCAUUAUCCAUGCGCUUCAAGAAGAGUCAGGGGCUAGUAUAGAUGUUGGACUUUGUGUUGCUAAUUGUAAUGAGCGGUUGGUCACUGUUUAUUCGAUGGAGGAUGUUGGCUCAAGAUAUUCCCCUGCUCAGCGUGCUGUAGUUCUGGUCUAUACCAGGUAUGUUGAAGCCACGGCAGAGAAGGGACUUGAGGCAGGCAUGAACCAGGGGUCUGCAGUCACUGCAAGACUUGUAGUCUCAUCAAAUCAAGUUGGUUGCUUAUUGGGUAAAGGAGGUGCUAUAAUUUCUGAGAUUAGAAAGGUAACUGGAGCCUACAUUCGUAUACAUAAUGGUGACCUGGUGCCGAAGUGUGCUGCACAGGAUAGCGAAGUAGUUGAGAUCUCAGGGCAAUUUGUAAACAUACAAGAUGCCUUGUAUCAUGUAACUAGUAGGCUUCGAAAUAACCUAUUCACUAGUAAAGCAAUGAACAUUCCAGGAAGCGGGACUGGUAAAUUAUUAUCAGAUACUAGUAUUUGUGGAAGAAUCCAAGAUGCGACAACAGUUGGUUUGCGCCAAUCUUCUGGGACAAAUCAAUCUGUUGGUGGACAAGCUACUUUAAGUCAGGGGUACGGCCCUUUGCCGCAUCCUAAUAUAUCUCAUUAUUUACCUUCAACGGGCCUUCAGACAAUUGAGCCUGCUGGAGUAAAUCCAAGGAACUUUGUGACUUUUGACGGAGGAUUGGCUUCUGCUAAUACCGGAGUUCAACUUGGCAGGACACUCAGUCCAGCUAUUGUUACAAAUACAGUAGUGGAGAUCGUGGUUCCUGAAACCUCUAUUAGCUCUGUUUAUGGUGAGAAUGGGAGCAAUUUAACUCGUAUAAGACAGAUAUCAGGUGCUAAGGUUAUAGUGCAUGAAGCGGUUUCUGGAAUAGAAAGUAGGACUGUCGUAAUAUCUGGGACACCUGAUCAGACACAGGCAGCCCAAAGCCUCAUCCAUGCAUUCAUUCUUACUGGGUCAUCCUGAGUGAAUUACUUCACUUUUGGUUAACUUUUAGUUGGUAGCCGUUGUAGAGUGGAUUCAGAAAAUUGUACAUGUUGAAAUUGCAAAAGGCUGUAAAUCUGUAGUUAAUUCUCUUUUUUUUUCUUUUUUUUUUUUUUUUUUUUUUUUUUUUUUUGAGAAAAUUUCUCUUUUUAGUUUCUGACCAUGUAAUAAACAAGUUUACAUCGUUUGCAAGUACAAGUUUAUGAUGAAACUUUGCACCGUAUAAAUUAUACAAAUACUCUGUAUAUAGAGACUGAGCACUUACAAAA